CGCUGCAGAGUCCUGCGUGUCGUAGGCACCCUAGUUCCGCGCAAGCGCAAACAGUCACAGCCGAAGCGAAUUGAUCUGUUGGUGCGACUCGAGAGUGGGGAAACGAGGCUUCCCUAGGUCCCAGGUUUCUGGCGGACUGUAGCAGGAGCGCUAACCGAGCUUUAGCUCCUCCGAGGCGGAUAGAGAGAAGUUGGCUCUCGGUGGAGAAGCGGAGUACGGCGGUGCCAGCGGGUCGAUCAGCAAUGCCGAGUUCCCAGACUCUCAGCGGGGCGACAGGACUGCUUUGGGCCAUAUCCGGACCGGGGAUGUGCUUUAAAACGUCGUGUGUUCAGAAGUGUUAGGACAAAGUUAGCUUUACAUAUCGCUACGUAGCUAGGGAGCUAGCUAACUAGCCUUAACUACGAUAACGUUACAUGAUACAGUUUAGGAUUGGAAGCUAACCUAGCUUAGCUAGUUGGCAUAGUUUAAGCUAGUUAUUUAGCAUAACGUACCUAGGUUACUUGAGUUAGCAAACCCAACUAACAGUCAUAGAAGUUUAGAAACUGAAACCAAGCGUGUUAUAAAUAGCCAUGGAGCGUUUUCCUAACUUUUCCUGUUCAAGUUUAUUAGUUUAACAAAACAAUAUGCUACCAUUUAAUUAAUUGGUGAACCUUGGCUAUCUUAGCUCGCCUAGUUUGUCCCAGUUAGCUAGCUAGGUUACCUAGGUUACUCAAAUUUAGGUAAGCUGGUAAGCUAAGUCUUAAAAAGUUAAGAAACUUAAAAUAAGCGUGUUACAGAUAGCUAUUGAGCUUUUUCCUAACCUUUACUGUUUAAGUUUAUUAUUUUUACAAAAUAAUUUGCUACCACUUGAUUGGUGAAACUUAGCUAAGUUAUCUAUCUAGCCUAGUGUGUCCGUAUUAGUUAACAAGCUCGCUACCUAGGUUAACGUUACUUGAGUUAGCAAAGUUAACUAGUUUAGUUGGUUGGUUAUCUUGGCUAGUUAACUAACUAGCUAAGCUAACAGUUUAGACGUUUAGAAACUGAAACCAAGCUCAAAAAUAGGUAUGGAGCUUUUUCCUAAUUUUUCCUGUUUCAGUUUAUUAGUUUAACAAAACAGUUUCCCACCAUUUGAUUGGUGAACCCCAUAAAAUAGCCACGUUAAACAGAACAAGGUGUUCCAGAACAGAGAACAGCGUCCGCCUGCCUGCUUUCUUUCCAGCUAACUACAUAACCCCAACUACAAGCCCACACUUGCCCACUUGCAGUCUUAGUGUUGCUUGCUGGAGCUAUCUAUCUAAGCGUUAACACCUCUCCCACAAGCUAAAGCCGUCUGAAGGUGAGGAGAAGUCCCCAGCUCAGUUAAAGCUACAGGUGAGGGGAAAAACCCUGCCAAAACAAUCCACCUGUAUUUAAACAGGGCUUUCCUGUUUAAACAGCCGCAUGUUGAUGACCACAACACAGCUGUGUGCGAAGCUCCAGCUCCCCCUUUCAGGUCGUGAUCAAUAGCAGCAGCCAGCGAACAAUGUGGCUCGUGUUUAUCUGACCGAACCAUGGGAGGAUGUGUGGGCAGAGAACGGCAGGAGUCCCGCGGACAGGGAUCAUCUCGAGGUGGCAGGAGUCAGAGGAAGCGUGGAGCCCGUAACGAGCCACUGAAGAAAGACAAGCCCAGGUGGAAGAGUGACUACCCCAUGACCGAGGGUCAGCUCCGCAGUAAGAGGGACGAGUUCUGGGACACGGCUCCAGCGUUCGAGGGCCGGAAGGAGAUUUGGGAUGCCCUGAAAGCAGCAGCUGUGGCUCUGGAGUCCAACGACCACGAGCUAGCUCAGGCGAUAGUGGAUGGAGCAAGUAUCACACUGCCACAUGGAUCCCUCACAGAGUGUUACGACGAGCUCGGUACCCGCUACCAGCUGCCCGUCUACUGCCUGGCACCGCCCGUCAACCUGAUCACAGAGCGGAGCGAGGAGGACACAGUGGAUAGCUCAGAGCCCCAGACUACCUCCAAGAAGGAAUUCCAGCUGAAGGUCCGUCUCUCCAGUGGCAAAGACCUGCGGCUGAACGCCAGCAUGGCCGACUCUAUCGGCCUGCUGAAGAAGCAGCUCCAGGCACAGGAGGGCAUCGACGUGGUUCACCAGCGCUGGUUUUUCUCAGGCAAGCUCCUCACAGACAAGACGCGCCUGCAGGACACCAAGAUCCAGAAGGACUUCAUCAUCCAGGUCAUCGUGAACCAGCCGGCACCACCCAACCACUAAACAAGCCAAGCUCGGCGCUUUGUGAUGGACCAAAUCAGCGUCUGAGUUGUGAACACGUUUUCAUCUCUUACACGGGAAAUGUGACUUUUUUUUUUUUUUUUUUUUUCCCCUUUUUGGAUCUUUCUUUUAUUAACAUUGGGGGUGGAUGAAUAUAAAUGCAAACAGACCUCCAGAUGCUGCUUCUGACGUUCUUCUCGACCAUCAAAUAGCAUCAGAUGAACUAUCCGGCAUUGCUGUUCCUCGACUCUGCUGAAAAAUCUGGAAAUCUUGAUGGAUCAAAAAAAAAAAAGAAAGAAUAAAAAAACAGCAACCUAAAUAUGUAGCUUUUUAUGCUUCUCAAAGCAAAGUGCCAAUAAUAGAACACCUUCGGAAACACCUUUGGAAUACCUUAGAAAAAGCACAUAAUCUUCUGACUAUGCAUUAUCUGCAGAUGCCUAAUAUUUGGAGGAUCAGGAUAAUCUGUACCUCAGUGAUCCUGCUCCUGAAGACAUCUCAAGGGGUUCUGUUUUCCUUCUUAUGCUUUUUUCUGUUCUUGUUUUUUUUAACCAUAAAUUCACUUGAGCUUCAUUUGCACACUUGUCUAUAUACACAAGCAUCUAUUCGUGUUUUUCGCCUUGAAAAGGAAAAAAAAUAGAUUCCUACAUGCUAAUUUUCUGUCUGUCAGUCUUUGUGUCAGUCAGUCUGGCCGGCAUUUUCAACAUAAUCUAUUUCUUUGUCGUGGCUGGACCCACAAAGAUGUUCUUUGAUGUCUCUGACAACUGCUUUCCCAGUUAUGUAGUAUCUGAACUUCUGUGUAAUGGCACAAAUUUACUAUGCAAUUUACAUUUGGUUGAAAAUACAAGCCUACUUGUAUAAAGAGAAUAAUUUCAGUUUUUGUUAGUUCACCUGCAGUCUCCUAACUUACCAAACAAGCUUACUGUAGUUUUAGUAUUAGAUUUAUGUAAGCAUUCCUCCUUUUGGACAAGUCCAACAGAUCUGGGUAGCUGAUGAAUAGUCCUGGUCAUCUUGUUGAUGGAACUCACUCUCUGGCUGCCUUCCUUCAGAAUAUUACUCACCAUUCUAAUCGUACUAUCAAAUAAAUAUUUACCCCUUUUGCUCUGAAUUUUCACACGUUUCACACCUAGAUUGCUUUUGGUUUCUCCAAAUAUCAAUAACUGGUUGAGCUGUAAAUGCUAGUUUCUAUCCAAAGUAAAAAAAUUGAAAAAGGUUACCGUAUGAAUUUCUUCAGUUUGCACAUUUUAAAACACAUUAUUGCACACUUUCACAUUUACAGUUGUCCUUGAGAAUUCAUGCUUCUUUGCACACAGUAAGAAACUCAACGUUCUAAUGUAGUGCGCUAAUGUAGAGUAAUCUAAAGUGCCCACCGAAAAGCUUACGUUUAGCUGGUAAAAUUACUUUUCAGAAAAAUAAGGGGAAAAAAAGGAAUUUGAGUUUGCACUGAAGUUUACUGAAAUAAAUCCAUUUAUACAAAUAUAAAAAUCUGCUAAAAUCUGGCCAAAGCUUUAAAACUAGACCCCAGACGUCUUAAGCAUAGACAGAUACUUGCUGUGUGACCUGAAAACACUGACCAUUUAAAAAAAAUAAAUAAAUAAAAACUUAGUCUGACUGCCUGGCACUGCCCCUAAUGUAUUUGUGUACUGCAGCUUGCAUAUGCGUAGCAUUAAUUUCUUUUGAUCUGCUAAACAUUCGCAUCCAACAGACGCAGGCAGAGUGAGGCCAUCUUUAAAUGUACACAAACACGUACUUAACAGCAAGUGUAUCUCUUUCGUGAGUGUCAUUUAUUGGGUAGAAAUGGAGAAAAAAAUACAUAAUUUGUAUUUUCCAUUCACUAUUCCUUGACCAUUUACUACUUGCUACUAGUAGUUUGUAAUUUUAUAUCGCUACAGUUUACGACUGCAGUAUGCCUUACAUAUAUCAUU